GUCAUCUUCACUGAGAUCCUGCUCCUUUUCUGUAAUUGUACGUUCAUAUCAGCGACACUCUUUCUACAUCCUCAGAAUGCAACGAGCAUUAACAUCCCGGACCUCGGCCGUUGCGAGGUCCUCCAAGCUUCGUCCUAUUGCUUCUGCUGGCUUCAAUGCCCAGCAGUUGCGUUUCGCACACAAGGAACUGAAGUUUGGUGUUGAAGCACGAGCUUCACUCCUUGCCGGUGUCGAGACGUUAGCAAAGGCUGUUGCUACCACAUUAGGACCAAAAGGACGAAAUGUUUUGAUCGAGUCAAGUUACGGAUCCCCGAAGAUAACCAAAGAUGGUGUGACUGUUGCCCGAGCUAUCUCCCUGAAAGACAAAUUCGAAAACUUGGGUGCCCGAUUAAUCCAAGACGUUGCAUCGAAGACAAAUGAGACUGCUGGUGAUGGAACUACAACGGCGACCGUUCUGGCCCGUGCCAUAUUCUCCGAGACCGUGAAAAACGUUGCUGCCGGAUGUAAUCCUAUGGAUCUCCGCAGAGGUACUCAAGCUGCUGUUGAUGCCGUCGUUGACUUCUUGCAAAAGAACAAGCGCGAUAUCACUACCAGCGAAGAAAUUGCACAAGUCGCCACUAUCUCAGCGAACGGCGACACUCACAUUGGUAAGCUGAUUGCCAGUGCUAUGGAGAAGGUCGGCAAGGAAGGUGUUAUCACUGUUAAGGAGGGCAAGACUAUGGAGGAUGAGCUUGAUGUUACCGAGGGCAUGCGAUUCGACCGUGGAUUUGUCUCCCCAUACUUCAUCACCGACACAAAAGCACAAAAGGUCGAGUUUGAGAAGCCUCUCAUCCUCCUCUCCGAAAAGAAAAUUUCUGCCGUCCAGGAUAUCAUCCCAGCUUUGGAGGCCUCAACCCAGCUCCGCCGUCCAUUGGUUAUCAUUGCUGAGGACAUCGAUGGCGAGGCAUUGGCUGUCUGCAUCUUGAACAAGCUUCGUGGCCAACUACAAGUUGCUGCUGUCAAGGCUCCGGGCUUUGGCGACAACCGCAAGUCCAUCCUCGGUGAUCUCGGUAUUCUCACCAACGCUACUGUCUUCACUGACGAGCUUGAUAUCAAGCUUGAGAAGGCUACCCCAGAUAUGUUCGGCUCUACUGGCUCGAUCACGAUUACCAAGGAGGAUACUAUUAUCUUGAACGGUGAUGGAAGUAAGGAUGCAAUUAGCCAACGAUGUGAACAAAUUCGAGGUGUCAUGAACGACCCAACUACAUCUGACUACGAGAAGGAGAAGCUCCAGGAGCGUCUUGCCAAGCUCUCUGGUGGCGUUGCAGUCAUCAAGGUUGGUGGCUCAUCUGAGGUCGAGGUGGGCGAGAAGAAGGAUCGAUUUGUUGAUGCUCUCAACGCCACUCGUGCAGCUGUAGAGGAAGGUAUUCUGCCUGGAGGUGGAACUGCUCUUCUCAAGGCAGCAAGCCAAGCCUUGAACGGCCUGAAGCCUGCCAACUUCGACCAGCAACUUGGUGUCAGCAUCAUCAGAAGUGCCAUCACCAAGCCAGCGCGUACGAUCAUUGAAAAUGCCGGUACCGAGGGCUCAGUUGUCGUCGGUAAGCUUAUGGAUGAGUUCGGAGCAGACUUCAACAAGGGAUACGAUAGCUCUAAGGGCGAGUACGUUGAUAUGAUCGCUGCGGGUAUCGUUGAUCCAUUCAAGGUCGUACGCACUGGUUUGGUAGAUGCUAGUGGUGUUGCCUCGCUACUUGGCACAACUGAAGUUGCCAUUGUCGAGGCACCAGAGGAGAAGGGUCCCCCAGCAAUGGGCGGCAUGGGAGGUGGAAUGGGCGGUAUGGGCGGGAUGAUGUAAGUGAGCAAAUAACGGCAUAUACCCAUCACGGUUAGCUCUCGGUGGUGGUAUCUUGAGCUUCUGAAACGAAAUCACACGACUGUCUUCCAAUGUUGUAUAACACCUCCCCACUCGAUCCUCUUCAUUCAUUGUCUUAGAUUCGGCAUUGCAGAGCGAAAUGGUGUCAGAGAAAAGGGGAAUAUUGUAAAAAUAAUAAAUCAAAACAAGUCAAACAUUCAUAUUG